GUAAGGUGAGACCUCCACUCUGCAAGUGUAUGUUACUGUGUCUCUCUCUCUAGAGUCGGUGGUGUGCUUAUUCUUCUUCACUCUCUCUCUAUAUGUCAGUCUUGCCUAUAUCUACACACUCUCUCAACGGACCUUUUCCUUUUAUCUUCCUUCUCCCGUGACCCUUCUAUCUCUCUCUCUCUCUCCAUCUCACUUAUAACUCUUCUUAUAAUUAACACUCUUAUCCUUCAAUUCAUUGGCCACCCUCCUUUCUUCACUGUACUUUCCUUUCUCCUCGGGCAACUCCAAUUUCCUUUCUUUACUCUCUGCCACUUUGCAAUGCCCUGUUCCUGUUUUAACUCACUUUUCCCUUAAUUCAUAUAAAUUCCGGAAUUGCAGAAUUUUCAAACUUUUUUUUUUUUUUUUUUUUUUUUUAAAAACCAAUCAAUUUCAGGUUCUUUGUUCUUUCUCUAUAUUCUAAACUAAACCCCUUUGGCUUUUUCUUCAUUUGUCUAUCUCUUUUUUUAAAACUAAACUUUUGUUCCUUCUACCUUUUUGGGUUUAGGGUUUAGCUUGUACUUUUUCUUCCCAUCCUCAAUAUGCAAUUCUUAAUUCCUUUUUGAAUUUCACUUCUCCUUUGUCACUGUUUAUUACUUGCAACCACUUGCCAAAAAUGUCUUCUUGUUUUAGUGGAACAGGAGGAAGAACCAUCGGUUUGGAUUUAGAUAUAGUUAAAUCAUCACCACCAUGUUCAUGGAGUCGAACAUCACAAACAUCUUCUUCACCUUCUUCAACAAUCUCCGAAUCAAGCAAUUCACCACUUGCAAUCUACACCACUAAACCCAGAACCCCAAGAAAACGACCCAAUCAAACCUACAACGAAGCUGCAACACUCCUUAACACCGCAUACCCAAACCUCUUCUCCAAUCCAAAUCUCAAAACAAACCCAAACCAUAACAAUAAUAAAUCCACCAAAUUGGAAAAAGCUUAUGAAUUCGACUCUUCUGAACUUCUUUUACCUUUCAGAGUAUUGGACACGUCAUCGUCUUUUUUACUUCACGGCAAGCCCGAUUUUCCAUCGGAGCCUAAACCGGUGAAACCAUGUCAGAGUCCCGGAGAGAUUAGUUCAAUGGUCAAUUGUCUUGAAUUGAAUGAUGAUGAUGAUGAUUUUGAUGCGGAAUCGAUACUCGACGAGGAAAUUGAAGAAGGAAUUGAUAGCAUCAUGGGAGGUAGAAUUGAGGAGAAUGAAUCUAAUGUCUCUUCUUCUCAUCCAUGGAUUGGUUUUGGCGGGAAAUUCGAUUUCCGGUUAGGAUUACAGAGAGGUGGAGUGAGAGCUCUUCGCCAUGUUGAUGAAGGGAAUUGGUGGAAUUUUCCGGCGGUUGAUAUGCUUAAAAUUUCGCCCAAAAUAUGCAGUGUCGGUGGUAAGACGACGGCGGCGGCGGUGACGGAGAAGAAGAAAAAGAAGAAGGUUGUUGCAGUGGAGAGACUGAAUGCAGAAUUGAAAGAAAUGGAAUCGCCAAAGUUGAAAAGUGGAUUGUUGUUGAAAUUGAAUUACGACGGCGUUCGGAAAGCUUGGUCUGACCGAGGAACGCCAUUCGCCGAUGACAGCCCUGUCUCCGAUGCUUCGGGAAACGAUGUCAAUGCACGGUUGUCACAAAUAGAUUUGUUAUGGGAGAAUGGAGGAGGAAGUGGUGUAAGAGAAGCCAGCGUGAUGCGUUACAAAGAAAAGCGUCGUACACGCCUCAUCUCUAAGAAAAUCAGAUAUCAAGUUAGAAAGGUCAAUGCAGAUCGACGGCCAAGAAUGAAGGGGCAAUUUGUUAGGAGGCUGAAUGCUAGCUCAAAUGCACACAAAUGAUAGUACAGUAGUUUGUAGUAGCAGUAGAGCACAUGUUUGAAUUUCUAUUACACUUUGAAUUUCUUUGCGUUAUGGCCAUCCGGGAGAGGUUCUUCACCUUUAUACUUCCUCCCAAUGUGGCUGGUAUAGAUAGAUAAAUGUUGUUGAAGUCGAAUGUAUCACCUUGGUACUAAAGAUUUUUUUUUCCUUGAUAUAUUUUUAAUACUAAA